AUGCCUCGACUUGGCCUGUUGGCGUGCUGCGCUGGUCUUCUAGCUGGAGCAGCGGCACCGGACUUCGCAGCAGCAGUUCCCAUUCGCUCUGCUUGUUUGCAUGUAGCACCAUCCGCCGUACGCAUGACGUGUGUUCUCUGCCCUUAUUCAGCAUGCUUGCCCGUUCUUAAUGCCUUGCGGACGGAAGGGCUAGACGGAUUGUUGAACGAUCUCGUUAUAGCAAGUAGUGAAGAUGUUAGCACAAGUCUUUCUCCUUCACAGAGUGAUGUCAAAACUAGCGUCACCGAAAUCGCAAAGGAGCUCGCGGGGGAAAACAAAGACAAUUGUGAAGCAACGAAUGCGAAUACGUCGAAGUAUUCUGGACUUGUAAUUACUUUUGAACACUCUACAAAAUUUGACUGCGAGGCUCUGAUCAAGGAUUCUUUCAGUGCAGGACUGAGCCAUCUCAAGCUAGAGAACUACGACGCGUCGGCUGAAACCAAUAAAUUGGGAACGGCACCACUGAACGAUCCAGCGGCAAAAAAUCUUGUGGCCAUAGUGUCUGCUAAAGCGGGAAAAGUGUCGUGUGCCGCCACUACUGACUGUGCAGCUGGUAGCAAUGUCUUGUUUUGUUAUUUCAUUGAGCCUUUAGCAGUGGACGAAGCACAACCAAUCAAGGCUGAAGUGUAUGAAGGGCUACUGAAGCAGCAGCGGGGCUUCGCGUCCAUCACAAUUCCUGGCAUUACAGCUACGCUUUUCUCCCUCGCGUUAAUAAUGUUGAGUUGA